CGAACUCCAAUUGCAGCAUCUCUGCUUCGAAAGGGCAACUUUUUCUCAAGAACAUGGCAUAGCAUCCAUCUCUUAACUCGCAAGCAAGAGAUGGCACCUGCGAAGAAGCCCGCUGCACAGGCGGAAAUAGCCCUGCUUCCCGGCUUGAAGAGCUGCUUGGUUAACCUGCCUUCGAAUCUGGUUGCGAUCCUCACGAACGCGAACGCAAUCGCACAAAAUGUCGUUGUCGAACUUUCCUACCGCGAAGCCGUCCCCCGAAGCACCAGCGCGGCAGACAAACCGCCUCCAAGUACGUCCAAGUCCGUUUUCGUGGGCUGGACGGGCAUGCAAAGCAAGCGCAGGCUUGCGCCCAUAGUCACUCGUGAUGGCAUAUCCGGUACUAGAGGUAGUGCCGCAGGCACUGCAAGAGAACAAGAGGUCCCUCUCGUAGAACUUGACAGCACUUUUGCUCGCCUUCUUGGAGUAACGGAUGGUCAAAAGGUCGGCGUGAAUCUGCAUCUGGAUCCUCCUCUAGCACACACUAUAAAUAUAGAGCCACUCACGCCUGCAGACUGGGAAAUGAUUGAGUUGCAUGCACAGUUUCUUGAACUCAACUUUCUUAAUCAAAUACGCGCUCUUCCAAACCCGGCAUAUGUACCACCCGAGGGGCAAGAGAGGCAGCCGAGUCAUCCUAUUACACUGCACCUAUCACCAACGUCAACAGCAAAUGUAGUUGUGACAUCAGUUGUUCCUGUGCCCGCAUCGAACUCUCCAUUCAUCAAGAUCUCACCUGAUGCGGAGAUCAUCGUUGCACCCAAGACUCGGCGGGCGGAAAAACCAUCGGCAAGAGAGAGCAGGAGCGUAGGUGCGCGAAGCGGCGGUCGAAGCACAGGAGGCCGUAGUGGUGCGAGUACAGUACGGCACCGGAGCAGCAAAGAGCCUUCUUCGAAGGGAAUUACUUUCCUUCGCGGCGUAAGUCGAAGCAUCGCCCAUGAAUGGUUUGAUGAUUUUGAAGAGAGCGAAAAGGACAUCGGCCUGCGAGUUUGGAUUGACAAAGAGCAACUCUUGACGAAGGCUCUUCGCGGAGCCACGUGGGUGUCCGUAGGCAUUGUAAAGCCAGCUGGCAUCCUUGAGCCAGUUGAUCCACAGAAGGAGGCCGCCGAAGUCGAAAAACCUGCGACUAGAGUUGUCGCUAAAGUUUCUUCUUGGGAGGAUGCGCCAGACUCUAGUCACAUUGCUCUGUCCACGCUAUUGUGCCAGGCCCUCGGUGUCAGCGAUUUUGUUGGUGGACUCAUUCGAGUAGAAGCUGCUCCACCCCAGGCGGCAAAGGCCUCAAAAACUGAUUCUUCGAAGGAGUCAUCCCGAUCCAAAGAACCAGUUGUGAAGUCCAUCAAGAUUCUUCCAUUCCCAUCUUCAUCCUCAGUCACUAGGUCGGGCUUCAAGUUUGGUGGUGAGUCGAAAUCAGAGAAGGAGGAAUCUCUGAGGAAUCUACAGGUCGUAUUCGGUAAAGAUGGAAAUGGACUUUUACUGGGCCCGUUGACAGACGGCAUGAUCCUACCUGCAGCUGCGAAGGACGACAUAGUCUGGCCAGGCGGUAUACUGCGAUUCGAUCCUACGAGCUCUGUGAACGAGAGCAGAAAGCCUCCAGUAGUUUGGUACAUCGGCUCUGAACGUACGGUACCCGCGGAAGUUGUUCAAGAGGUCCCCAAACCUAGUAUCGCCUUACGAAAUUGGUCGCUUGGUGACCCGAUUCCUGAAAACCCUCCCGUGCUGGUCGGUAUCGAUUCCACAAUUUCACAACUCCAAACACACCUGUGUCAACAGUCCUCUGUUCUCCUCACGGGAGGACUGGGGGCUGGCAAGACCAGUCUUGCGCACUUGAUCGCCCAUAUAUUGCGCGAUCAAUAUCUGUUCCAUGUGCUUUACUUCUCAUGCCGUAGCUUGGUCAACGAUGAAAUCCGAGUCUCCGCCAUCAAAGAGACGCUGAACCGACUUUUCCAGGCUGCACAGUGGGGAGCCCGGCUAGGCGGACGAUCUAUUGUCAUUCUUGACGAUCUUGAUAGAUUAUGCCCUGCGGAGACUGAAUUGGAAGUCAGCGACAACGCAAGGAGCAGGCACGUAAGUGAGUGCUUGACGUCAGCGGUGCGACAGUAUUGCACCAUGGGAAGCGGCGUGGUGCUGCUAGCUCUUGCACAGGCAAAAGAGUCUCUUCACAACGUAAUUGUUGGGGGACAUGUUGUGCGAGAGAUUGUUAAUCUUUCAGCCCCGAAUAAAGAUGGCCGAAGAAAGGUUCUUGAGAAACUUGCAUACGGAGAUAAAGGAUCACAGCAUCUAGAAGGUGGAAGUAGAGGACACUUCCUUGAAGACACACCUGCAAAUAGUCGACCUGGCACUUCAGACGGUCCUUCAGGAUUUUCGGUGGCACCUGACAUCGACUUCCUGGAUAUUGCAGGGCAAACAGAUGGAUACAUGCCUGGAGAUUUGGUGUUUCUAACCUCAAGGGCAAGGUCAGAAUGUCUUAUUCGCAGCCUGGCUCCUGCUGCGGACAGCAAAUCUUUUACAAGAGCGGACACACCUAGCCUAACUCUACGUGCUGAAGACUACAAAGCUGCCCUCAAGGGCUUCACGCCGGCUUCUCUUCGCAAUGUUACCCUUCAAACAUCAACUGUCCAGUGGUCUUCGAUUGGAGGUCUUAAGCACACGCGACAAAUGCUGCUCGAAACCCUUCAAUAUCCUACAACCUAUGCACCGAUUUUCUCUAAAUGCCCCUUGCGGCUGCGGUCUGGGCUCUUGUUGUACGGAUAUCCAGGUUGUGGCAAGACACUUCUUGCAUCCGCCAUCGCCUCACAGACUGGACUCAACUUCAUCUCGGUUAAGGGACCUGAAAUUUUGAAUAAAUACAUCGGUGCGUCCGAGAAGUCGGUCAGAGAUCUUUUCGAAAGAGCACAGGCUGCAAGACCUUGCGUUCUGUUUUUCGACGAGUUCGAUGCAAUUGCACCGAAGCGAGGUCACGACAGCACAGGUGUUACAGAUCGCGUCGUAAACCAGCUGCUUACGCAGAUGGACGGUGCUGAAGGCCUGAGUGGCGUAUACGUGCUCGCUGCAACGAGCCGACCCGAUCUGAUCGAUCCUGCAUUGCUACGUCCAGGCCGCUUGGAUAAAUCUCUGGAGUGUGGUAUGCCCACCCUUGAAGACCGCAUUGACAUUUUGAAGGCGGUGGCACAGAAGGUACGCGUAGGACACGAAGUUACUGAACGCUGGAGUGAAGUCGCAGAGCAGACAGAAGGUUACUCAGGAGCGGAUCUGCAAGCCGUCGUAUACAAUGCGCAACUCGAAGCUGUCCAUGACGUCCUCGGAGAAGGCGAGCUAGACCCGAGCAAGUUCGGGAAGGGUGGUAGCAAGGGUAGUGGAAAUAGCUCGAAAGGGCUACCAGACUUCUCACACUUUAGGAUUGGUGAUGCGGAAUUGGAGUACGACGAGGAAGUGGGAAGCAAAGCUAUCGCAGAACGAGCUCGGGUUGCGCAGAAGAUCCGGGAUCUGCAGAAUUUGAGACGGAAGCAAAAAUUGCUCUCCAACCCGAUUGUCCAGACACCAGCACCGUUGCAGCGCAGCAACAGCGGCACAAGCCGGCAUCACAGAAGCAUAUCGUACGAUUCGGGAGAUGAUUCGCUGCCAAAUAGCGUUACCGGUUCACCGGUAAAAGGCAAGACGCAGGGCGUCAAUGGUACCAGCAACGAACAGAGCAAGGAGCCCAUAAUUCAGUGGCGCCACAUUCAAGCCAGCUUAGCAAGCACAAGACCCAGUAUAAGCAUGGCAGACAGAGAGAGGUUAGCAAGGAUCUACAGGGAGUUUGUGGAUGCAAGAAGUGGCGAUUUACCAAGUGGGCAAGGCGGGACUGAGGUAGGAGCCAGGACUACUUUAAUGUAACGAAAUGGAUGGAUUCAUUUUGUAAGAUAUGUGUAGCACAUGUCCAGCAUGUCGAAUGGAAGGCGAUCAUUAGACGAAAGUACGACCAUAAAACUUGCUCGCAGGUUGUUGCAUACAAUCUACACUGAUGAUAGGAACAGGAAUGCAUUAAUUCAUGAUCAAGUUCGCUGGGGCACAGUGAUAAAUGCUAAUUC